UAUAUUCAGAUUGAGAAGGCGAGAUGAGAAACGGCAUAGCCUACUGUAUUCUCCCACCACCAUUCCGUGUAGGCUAAACAGCGUGUAUUCAGGCAGUGGAGGGAAGCCGAAGGAUCAUCGGAGCUGUAUGCUUAAAGGGUCGAAGCAGAGAGCAAGGAUCUUUGCUGGCAGGCUCAUAAAUCAUUUGUAACUUAGCAUUGGCUACUGGCACAAUUAAUACGGGUCGACAACAUUUCUGUGGACUUCAGCAUACUUUGACUGAAGCCGAGGCCAUUGCAAACAGCGCUUCCGAAAAUUUUAGUUCUGUAUUCCUCUCUUCGACCUCACGCUGUGCUGCUGUUGAACCCAGACCAGGUUGUUCCUUGGCAUCCAGUGGAAGACCAGGGGAACAUUUUGUAAUCUCCUCACAGACAGAUUAAGCACUUUCCCGUCAAUCUAAGACUCAACCACUAAACUGUGAAAGGUGCGUGUAAUGUCAUCGAAAAUGCAAAGCUCCAAUAACAUUACCCAAGCUAAGAGAACAGUCCAGCAGCUUAGAAUAGAGGCCAGUAUCGAGAGGAUAAAGGUAUCCAAGGCUUCGGCAGAGCUGAUGCACUACUGCACGGAGCACGCCAAAUACGACCCCUUGCUCAUGGGAAUCCCAGCUUCAGAAAACCCUUUCAAGGAUAAGAAGCCCUGCGCUAUAUUGUAGUGGGACACCUGAACCCUGUUGGUGGUGUGUAUGUGUGUGUGUGUGUGUGUGUGUGUGUGUUUUGGGGGGGUUGACACUUCCCUCUAGAGAUACCUGAGAGCUAAACACUACUUGCCUUAGCACUGGCCCCUCUCCUUUUCUAAGCCCCCAUAGUUCCCCAAACGUGUACCGUCGGAUGAGUAACGCGCGUCGACCUUUCAACGCAGAUAUGAGUCAAACCGACGAGCACCAGGAACAGGCCUGGGAAGAGAAAAAAAAACAAACAGCCGGUUGUGGCCCAGAAACAAAGCUCCAGUUCAAACGCUCAUGAAAGAAAGCCUAUAUGAUGAAGCCUCUGCAGAAACUGCUUUUCUUUGUGAUUGGGAUCUGGGGGGUGGUCAUGACCUGCAUCUUCAGCUGCAGAGACUUGUGCCCGAACAGGGAGUUCCCAACUCGGUUGUAAUGAUCAGAGCCAGCGUAGAACUCCCCUCCACACCGUUGAAGCACCACAUUACUUUAGUCUUUGAGCUCCCCAGUUUCUGAUUGCAUCAGUGCCUUCCCACCUUGGCUUUGGGAAACAAUUCAUCUAGUUCCUCGGCUGCUGAUAAGAGUCGUAAAACACCCACCAUGUAAAUUAGCAAGGAGACAGGACUAUCCUGCCGGUGACGGCUUUAACAACUGCUCAUCUCAAAGGAAGCGGGAGGGUCAGGUUAAAGUUCACUUGAUUGACAUAAUAUGACUCGGAUGUUUUACGUACACGAUGAAAACUCAAGCCACUCUCAUCCACGGCUCCACCUAAUACAAGCUUUUUGAGGGUCGCCUUAUAGUACUGUAGCAUUGCUUAUGUGAGCAGAGUUCCGGAAACCAUCAGCUGUUUAUUUCACUGAGAUAUGAUUUCAAACCAUUUGGCCUUAAAUUCGAAUACAGUUCACGUGAGGAUAUGUUCAUUUGAUACGUUUACACAGUCUUGACUACUACUGCUAACAGCAACCGCAAAAGCCUUUACUUUUUUUAAAUUUAAAGUUCAUUUUUUAUUGUCAUUCCAACGGUGAACACAGAACCAACACAGUGCAUUUUAUGAAUGACAUAAAGGUUUUUUUUGAUAAAGGUUGACAUUUUAGGUUUUCUGUUUGUUCAGACAACAUAGAAAACUCAAGGCCAAACAGGUGUGCUAGACAACGUAUAGGCUGUUUCCAAACCAUGUGGACAUUGUAUCAACCCUCCCAUCUUCUUCAUUGAUAUUGGAAGCCGCUGCAAUCCGCUAUACGACGCUAUUGUGAAAUCUAGAUUUCCAAUGCCUUAGAUAAAUGCUCCGUGUGACUUGAAUAGUUGUCUAAUUUAUAAUUGUGGUAGAAGGAUCAAUCUGUAAUGUUUCAGAUCAUUGUACAUUGACGUGUGACCCUUUAAACAAAGGUAUACUGUAUGUCUCCUGUUAGUAAGGAACGUGUCGACGUUGUCACUGAAAAGGGGCAGUUUAUGCCAUCGCGUGCAUUUUACCAGCAUUAAACAAAACCUAGUUCCUUUCUGAUUGUAUUUCAUUGCCAGUGCAUUUACAGUGUUUCUCUCUAAAAGGUGUAUUCUCCUCUCAGAGACAUGACCUCAGAUCUGACCAUCUGGGAUCUGUGACCAUGUCAUGACUGUUAUUAACUUGUUUGUUUAAACAUUUCCUGUUUACAAAGAUCGACUUUUUUUCUCAGCUCUCAGAAUUGCAAUUGUGUGUCCGUGAGUGUAUGUCGGGUCGCGUGUUUGUGUGUGCGUCUUGCCUCGCGGCCAGUCUGCAUGCAGGCAACAGGUGCCUGUGUUCUGCUACGCACAUGCCUAACAGAAGGAACUAAUCAGUCCCGUUUAAUAAACCAGGGCCUUAAUGAAGUAUUCCUGCUUGAACAUCUCACCGCUACAUGUUAGUCAUACUCCUCAAGUGCGGUACUGUGAACAAACGAGUUCUGCUUCAGCGUGUCUUGAGUCCAGAGAUGGUGUUUAACUGGUCAUUUCAGGGUGUGAAUGGCAGCCAAUUCCAAACACUACCUCUGAGAUGAUUAAGACUUUACUUUCAUACUGCCUGACUUAUGACUGGAGUCGUAGUAUCGAUGAAGGUUUCCCAAACACUAUUUGGAAGUUUGGAAGUAACUUUGAAGGCAUGCAUCCCAAAAAUUGGAAAUGGCUGUUGUUGGAGACAUUCACUUUAUCUGAUCCUUAAUCAAAUUCUGGAUUAAAGACUCACCGCUUAAUAUUCCUCUAGGUAUUUAACUUUUUAAUUAAUACAUGAUUAGAUAAUUGAUAUCUGUAAUUGCACAUCUUUUCCACCUUUCCAUUUUCUUUUCAGGAAAACAUGCUAUUGUCCUGUGAGGCUAUGACACAAGAUGUAUGUACUACUUUACCGCUUAGUCUUUGGCACUAUAUGUGGAUAACUUUCUUACUUCAAACAAUACCAAUUUCACUCCCAAUUUGUCUUGUGUUUUUUUAGAUGUCAAUAAAUGUAAGGUAUACACACAGUGUCAAUGAUUGUGGAGUGGGU